UAAUAACAAAGAUCAAGUCGCUUGCCGUGAAGAAAGCCGCACUUGCGGCUAAAACUAAUCAAUACAAUGAAUAUAGACGACGUAAUAUAUGUGUUAUGCCUGCUGGCCUGCAUAGGCGCUGGUAGUUUUGUGCGAAAACUUCGCGAUGAAACACAACGCAAAUACGUAUGCUCUAUUCUUGGCCUCAUUGUUGUUAUUGUCGUCUCAGGCUUCCAUAGUCUGCACUGCGCCAUUUCCGUCGCCCUGGGCACAGCCAGUGUGCUCUUGGUGCACCCCAGCAACUGCCAUGUAGUUACUUUUGUUGUUAUGUUUGGCUAUUUAGUGUUCUUCCGGCUCGUUUACCUCUUUGGGCUGCCUACUGUGCCUGGGCCAACAAAUAUGAUACAAAUGUUGCUCACCCUCAAGGUAUCUGGCAUUGCAUUCGAGAAAACUGCAGCCUGGAAGCGCAUUCGAGCUAGCGAUGAGCGGCAGAACAAUGAGCAGCAGGAUGCCAACAGCGAUCCCAGCCUUAAUGUCACCAGCUAUGAUCUCAGCUUGCAGCAGCUGACUGCAACGGAGAUUGUGCUGUAUAGCUUCAAUUACGUUGGUGUGCUGACAGGUCCCUAUUAUCGCUAUCGCACAUAUCGAGAUUACUUUGAGACGCCGUUCAAAGAUCAUGCGCCUUGCGUGCCCGCCACCAUUCAGCAGCUCAAGGCAGCUGUCUUCUAUUGCAGUCUUUAUCUGUUGGCCAACUACCUUUGGCCACUAGAAUAUGCGAUGAGCGAUGAGUUCUACAAUGAUCGAUCCGUUAUCUACCGUGUGUUGUACGUGUGGCCCACGUUCUUUAUCUUCCGCGCCCGCAUCUAUACUGGCCUGACGUUGAGCGAGUGCGUCUGUACGAUGGCCGGAUUCGGUGCGUAUCCCGAUGAUGCGGAUACCAACAAUGGCGAGGGACCACGAAAGCCGUACCAGAAUAUGAUUAAGGAUGCCGAAAAGCAUAGCUACAAUUUCACAACAAUUGUCAACACACGAGUGCUGGAUGUGGAGCGGUGCUGGACCUUCCGCGAGGGCAUGAAGCAUUGGAAUGUCUGCGUGCAAUAUUGGCUGGCGGUGAAUGUGUAUAAACUGUUUCCCAUCAAGAAAUAUAGAACGGGUGCCAUUUUCCUCUGUUCAGCGUAUUGGCAUGGCUUCCGGCCGGGACACUAUUUCUGCAUCAUGGGCGCACCUUUCUAUGUGAUAAUGGAGGAUACGUGGCACAAGCUGGUGCGCAAAGACGCUGUUGGUAUGCGUCGGACCGUCAUUGAUGUUAUCUUUUGGAUCUGCAAGUGGUUUGGCUUCAGCUAUCUGGGCACAGCCUUUUUGCUAUCCUCCUUCGACAACAUUUGGCGUUUCUAUAGUUCCGUCUAUCACAUUGGCUACAUUACCUGGGCCCUUCUGGUUGCCGUGGGUGUGUACCUCACCAAGCUAAAGAAGUCCGCGGAGCGCAAAGCGAAACGUGCUGCCGAUUCCAUUGCAGCAGCUGGAGAGCCCGACGCAGUCAAGCAGAAGGCACAGUAAGAGAUUUCCAUAGCUAAGCAGCCGAACACAUUUAUUUCAAAGUUAAAUACUGCAACUAUUCGUGUUCCACUUUCUAUAUAUAUUUAUAGAUUUGUAGACAUAUAUGAUUUUCUUAU